CAUUGAGGCACAAUGCGAACACCUUUGGAUUUAUGCAAGGUGAAGAUUUCGCAGGAGCUCGAAAAAGCGGGACUCGUAAUAGAACAGGAGCGUAGAAGUAAUCUUCGAUUGAUGGUACACGGAGUACCUUACAACAUGACAAGGGAUGAAAUCAGAGCGGACUUGUUAGCGUUAAAUUUAAAUGGACUAGACGCGACGGAUGUCAAAAUAGUUAACAUCUUUUCUCCUAAGGAAAACCGCAAAACGACAAACUGUGUUAUAGAGGUGCCUCCAGCUGUACGCAUAGCGCUAUUGAAGGAGAACAGCGUAUUCAUAAAUUAUUUUGCCUGCAAGAUUUCUAAUUACAUAAAAGUUUUGCAAUGCUACAAAUGCCUUGCGUUCGGCCAUUUCGCGAGCAACUGCAGAUUCUCCGCUCUUUGCGGACAAGCACGAGACAAGGGACUCAACCGCGGGGUGCGGGAUAGACCGCCUGCGUGCGGAAACUGCGCGAGAUGGACAACCUCCUCGGAACUGACACAUUCGGCACUCGAUAGCAAAAACUGCCCGAUACUACGAAAAAGAACUAUUUAUAGAAUCAAGAGCAUCAACUAUGGCGAAUAAUCAAACAAUAUAAGAACGUGUCAUGUGAACUGUCAAUCGCUACCUGCUCACAUAGACGAGUUUUGCCUCUUCUUUGCAACCUCAGGAUACGACAUUAUAUGCAUGUCGGAAACCUGGCUUAAGUCUACCAUCCCUGACAGCAUGGUCGCUCUAGGGGAUUAUCAGCUUAUCAGAUGCGAUCGCGUUGGAAGGGGGGGAGGGCGGUGUCGUUGUUUUUGUAGCAAAUUUUUUACGAGCUAAAGUUCUUAGCAGGUCCGGGGAUGUUUACAGUGGAAGACCGGAGUAUCUAGCUUUGGAGGUCACAGCUGACGGGACCUCCAAAUUAUUGCUCGCUGUGGUAUAUAGGCCCCCUCACUGUGGAUUCCUGUUUGAUUUCCUGGACACUUUCGGCGAUAUCUCUGUCUCGUACAAACAUACUGUCAUUUUCGGCGACUUUAACGCGAACCUUGGAAUUCAGUCGUAUGAUUCCGAACAGGUGCGGACAUUUUCUGAGUCUAUGAAUGUUUUUCUCGUGCCCUAUGGUCUGACACACCAUACACGUACUUCAUCAACUCAUUUAGACAUCUGUAUCGUCGACAACAGCGACAAACUGGUCUCCUUCAAUCAGCACGACGUAUGCUUUCUCUCAACUUAUGACUUGAUAAAUAUUACAUAUAAGGUAAAGUUUGAACGCGGGUGGAGGCGCCGUAUGAAGGUGAGAGAUUUUUUAUCUUUAACUCUGGUGACUUCCUCAAUGAACUCAGCUCAAUAACUUAUUACUCGAAUGUUACAAAAAGCAUGCUCCACUGCAUAACAUAGUGCUUCGCCAUCUUCCAGCGUCAUGGCUCAUGAAUAUUAAAAAUAAAAUAAAGGAGAGAGACAGAGCUCGCAGAAGGUGGAGGAGAGACAGGAACGACAUCAACUAUGAAGCCUAUAAAAGGCUUAGGAACCGAGUGCAGUGCCUCGUUCGGACUGCAAAGCAGGACCACUUUCUCAACGUGUUGAGGGAUCUCAAAAAACCGAGGGCAGUCUGGAGGAGGCUCGUGAAGGCCAAGGUGACAGAGGAACGGCUUUGUUUUUCCCCUGACGAACUGAAUAAUUUCUUCGCUGGGCGGAACGCAUCCUCGGUGUACUCCGGUGUCCAUUAUCUGGAUGAAGGCAAGUACGACGAAGCCAAAUUCUAUUGGAAGAAUAUAGAACCAUCGGACGUGGUCGGUGCGCUGCGCAGGAACAGAUCUGACGUGUCGACGGAUUGUCUCCGAAACUGAUAGAUGAGGCUUUACCUUAUAUCCUCCCUAUCAUCACUCAUAUCUUCAAUUACAGUUUCAUGACGGGCGCUUAUCCGUCUCUGUGGAAGUCUGCAAUAGUCUACCCUCUGCCAAAAGUAAGAAAUCCGUCCGAACUGGGCGAUUAUAGGCCGGUCUCUCUACUGUGUACUACAUAUAUCAAAGGCCCUGGAACGAAUUGCUGCCGACCAGAUCGCCACCUUUCUGGAUAACAUGCACAUACCUGAUCCGUAUCAGUCGUCAUAUAAAAAGGCCCUCUCCACUCAGACGGCUCUCAUCAGGAUCUUGGACGACGUAAGACACGCUGGGGACAGGAGAGAAGUAACAGUAGCCGUAUUUUUUUAUUUCACUAAGGCCUUCGAUUGGGUCGACCAUCGCCUAUUGAUUAACAGGUUGAGAGACCUGGGCUUUUCUUGCUCAGCGUUAAGAUGGCUGUGUUCGUACCUUUGCAAUUGGAAACAGGCGGUGCAGGAUCAUAUUAGCGGGAAGAUGACGCAUCCACUUCGUACAGAAUUUUACCUUCUUCGCUUUGGUGAAAUUCUGAAGAAUUGCAAAUACAAUUUUCACGCCGAUGACCUGUUAAUUUACUUAAGCACCAAGCCGGAAAAUCUCUGCGAGGCCAUCUGUAAGGUCAACGAGGACAUAGUACACAUAAGCAGCUGGACCUUAACAAAUAAACUUAAACUUAAUCCCAGGAAAACUGUAGCGAUGAUUCUGGGCACAGCGAAAUAUAUCAACUCUAUUAACGUCGACGAGUUUUCUCAAGUAAGAGUAGACGAUGCUGUAAUCCCGUACAGUAAUUCCGUGGAAUACCUCGGUUUUACCAUUUCUAACACUCUCUCUUGGAAUAAGCAAAUCACCAAGGUGUGCUCCAGAAUCAAUGCAUCUCUACAUCAGCUCAAAAUCUGCAAAAAACUGCUGCCGUUUAACCUGAGAUGUCACUUGAUUUCAACGUUGAUUUUUCCUCUCAUAGAUUAUUGUUGUGCUACUCUUAUGGACAUUCCUGGACAGCUUAACCUGCGCCUACAGAGAUCCCUGAAUGCGGGUAUCAGAUUUAUCUUCCAAGUCGGAAGGGAUGAGCACAUCUCUCCUUAUUACGAGAAAUUGAAAUGGCUCAAGAUCAAAUACAGAAGGGACUACUUCGUCUGUUGCCAAACGUUCACGAUUUUAUACUCAAGGGAACCUGCAGUUCUUUACAACGGUUUUGAACACCGACGUGUUGGAUAACCACGAGAUAUCAGGGCUUGUAGCGACGUUCUCGUGGUGCCUCUAUGUCGCACCGAAUUUUACAGGAAAUCUUAUAUGCUAUGCCACGGAUUUGGGGAAUAAACUGCCGCCGGACGUGCAUGACGCAUCCACUUCGUACAAAAUUUAAAAAAAAACCAUUCAAUUAUCUUUUCAUGAGCAUGAGCGCUUAAGUUGAGCCGAAGCUACCUUGUAACGCGCGCGCACGCGCACUCAUACACAUACGAACACACACACGCACGCAUGCACACCAACACUUACACAUGUUUUGUAUUGUUGUAUUUUCUCGCUUUUAUUAUAAUUUAAAGUUAUUAUUAUAAUUCAACUAUUUAUCCUCGUACCUCAUGUAUGUACUUAAUCUCAGCGCUUAAG